CUUCCUGCAGAGCAUGAGCGGAUGUGUAACCGCACGCCGGGAGGCGACGCGUUGAGUCUUUCAGCGGAGCGUCGGAGCGUCCCGGGACCGAGCGGCGUCCAUGCCGUCAAGCAGCAUCCGGAAAUGCUUCGGAUAGCGUCCUCUGAGUCUGGUGAGUGAGGGGUUGUUCCUCCCAGGUUUGGCCUGAUCUCCACCAUGGCCAGGGAUCUCUUUAGCCCCCCAUCCCCUCUUGGGGAUUCCCUGCUUGACAGUCCGCUGUGUGGAGACCUGAUGGAGGAUCUUCGUGACAUCUCCCAGUCUAUUGGAGGCGACACUCUGGAAUUUGAUUUCCCGGUGUACCAGAGCACGGGCUCAGGGUCUGAGAGCUCCAUUGCACUGGACACCUUGACGCCAGCCUCCAGUCCGUUGUCGGGGGGGUGUGCGGCAGCCCCGAGUCCAGAGGAGAGCUUCGGCCCUCUCAACCUAGAGUGCCGGGUGUGCUCGGACAAGGCCUCGGGUUUCCACUACGGGGUGCAUGCCUGUGAGGGCUGCAAGGGUUUCUUCAGGAGGACCAUCAGGCUGAAGCUGGAGUAUGAUAAGUGUGAACGCAACUGCAAAAUCCAAAAGAAGAACCGCAACAAGUGCCAGUACUGCCGAUUCCACAAGUGCCUCUCUGCGGGCAUGUCCCACAAUGCCAUCCGGUUUGGUCGGAUGCCUCAGGCGGAGAAGCUGAAGCUAAAGGCAGAAUGCAAGAUGGUGGAGAAAGAGGUGGCAAGUCCCAUGCUGACCGACCACAAGACUCUGGUCGGGCAGAUCCACGAAGCCUACAUGAAGAACUUCAACAUGAACAAGGCGAAAGCCCGGCUUAUACUCACCGGAAAGACCAGCAAACCGCCUUUCAUCAUUCACGACAUGGAGACGUUCCAGCUGGCAGAGAGGACGUUAGCGGCCCAGGUGGUAAACGGUGACUGUCCGGAGCCCGAGAGUGGCCUUCAAGCUGGGGAGCUGGUUAUGGCCACAGGGUGUGGGGAACUCCAGCAGAGGGAGGCUGAAGCCAGGCUCUUCCACUGCUGCCAGAGCACCUCCGUGGAGACGGUCACAGAGCUGACUGAGUUCGCCAAGGCGGUGCCGGGUUUCCAAAACCUGGAUCUGAAUGACCAGGUGACUCUCUUGAAGUAUGGCGUUUAUGAAGCCCUCUUCACCCUCCUGGCCUCCUGCAUGAACAAAGACGGUCUCCUGGUGGCCCGUGGAGGAGGCUUCAUCACCCGAGAGUUCCUCAAAAGCCGCCGGCGGCCAUUUAGCGACAUGAUGGAGCCCAAAUUCCAGUUUGCCACACGCUUCAACUCCCUGGAGCUGGACGACAGUGACCUGGCCCUUUUCGUGGCUGCCAUUAUCUGCUGCGGAGAUCGCCCAGGCCUGGUGGAUGUGCCUCUUGUAGAGCAGCUGCAGGAAAGCAUUGUUCAGGCACUCGGGCUCCACCUGCUGGCCAACCACCCGGACGACAACUUCCUCUUCCCCAGACUGCUGCAGAAACUGGCAGACCUCCGGGAGCUGGUCACCGAGCAUGCUCAGUUGGUGCAGGAAAUCAAGACAACAGAGGACACGUCGCUGCACCCGCUCCUGCAAGAGAUAUACAGGGACAUGUACUGAGUACAUGGCACAGGGUCAUAAAUGGGGACAUUCAUUUGAAUAUUUAUGUACGCCACUCAAAACUGGUUGUCCAUAAAUAUUUACUGAUACUAUCAUGCACAUUACUGUACUGUAAGUAGCAUAUUGUGCAGCUCCUGAGGGUGCACACUGCUGUGAUCUGCAAUGAAAAGGCAGCUUUUGUAGGUGGCGUGGCUGCCUCGAUGAAAGAGGACACUGUGGGGAACAAACUUUUUGAUCUUACGCCAUAGAUGUGUAGAGAUAUUUUUUUAAUGCAUUGAUUUUGAGAGCACCCAAUUGUUACGGAUUGGUUCCUGGAUGCCAGUUUUUACUUUUACAGACUGAUCUAACGCUAAAUAGGACGUUGCAAGUUUGCAUAACAUUUAAAAUGGGUGUACACAUAUUAUAGAUACGCGGACAUGGCUGCUGCAGUCAUGCAUGCACUGAUGCUAAAUAUUAAUCUUGAACAUAAGUUGAAUCGUGGUAAAAGAAGCGAAAAAGUUAGAAGUUAUACCAUUUUAAUCCUUUAGGCAACUGAAAUGUUGGUUGUGCAAUAGGCAACUCGGUACCAAAAUAUUUAUAUUAUUUUGGAUAAUUAGUGCAUGUGAUGUGUUAAUUCAACUCUAUUGGGGUUAGGUUCAGCUUGGUCAUGUCCUUUCACUGUGUACACCUUAUUGAAAUCAGACAAGUAGCUGUUGAAGAAACUCCUGCAUCAGUAUUCACCAUGUGCCAUAAUGUUUCAAUGCUGGAGCUCAUAUUUCCUCUAUGCUGACCACACCUUAUACAUUUACCACACAACAAAACAAACAUCUGUUUAGUGUUGGAUCAGGGAAUGUUCUCACAUCAUGAAUCAUGAACAAGAAUGCAUUUUAAGUCUGCAAUGAACUAAAAUUACCCUUACUUCUACUUCUACUAUAAUAAUUUCAUGUGUCAUAUUUAUUUUAAUCCUUAACCUACUGCUAAAAAAAACAACACAACAUGACAGCACACCUUACCUAGGGGUUUUCUUGUACAAAUCCUGCAGUUAAGACUCAUUAUUGGCCAGUGAAUAUUUUGACCACAACACAAUAAUGGUAAGCUGGUUUAUGUGCUAUUUUGUAAAUAUAAAAAAGAAUGUGGUUGCCACAGUGAAAGUGUCUGCUGACAGUAAAACAGGCUUCAAAAAGAGGAGCUGGUUGCCUCAUUUGCUGUGUUACACUUCACCUCCUUUCUUGUCAGAAUGAAACUGUUUAUAUUUUGUACCAUGUAGUGUACAAUAAAAAUACCUUUGCCGUUUCAAUAAAAUUAAUUAUUUU